CCUGGCUGAACAGCUGCUUCCUGGUUCUCCACGUGCUGCCAGCAGCGCUGGAGCUGCCCGAGCCGGAGCGGAGCCGCUGUUCUCAGCUGCAGCCAGGAUCUGCCCCCGGCCCCGCUGGGAUCCAGACAGGCUGCAGAAUGUUUUGCUCCAGCUCAUCCCAGCCUGGCGUGGGACAGGGAAGAGAAAUGGCUGCAGUGGAGUCAGUCCAGGGGCUGGUGACCUUCAAGGAGAUGGCUAUGUAUUUCACCAGGGAAGAGUGGGCUCUGCUGGACCCCACUCAGAGAGCCCUCUACUGGGAUGUCAUGCAGGAGAACUAUGAGACUGUGACCUCGCUGGGCCAGAGAAUAACAUCCAUGUUUCGCUGCAGAUCAUCUCGUCCUCCCAGGGACAAGGAAAUGGCUGCAAUGGAGCUGGCUCAGGGGCCGGUGACCUUCGAGGAGGUGGCUGUGUAUUUCUCCAGGGAAGAGGGGACUCUGCUGGACCCCACUCAGAGAGCCCUCUACAGAGAUGUCAUGCAGGGGAACUAUGAGACGAUGGUCUUGCUGGCGGAGUUUCUGGUUUUCCAACGUGAUAUGAUCUCCCAGCUGGAACAAGGGGAAGAGCCAUGGGUUCCAGAGCUCCAGGGUUCAGAGGAAAGAGAGAUCCUGAGAUCUCCCCGCACAGAUGAGGAAACAUUAAACCAACUCAGAAUCUCAGGUGAUGCAAUGACGUGUGAGGUUCAGCACAGACCAGAAAAAGAGCAGGGAAACCAGCCAGGGGAGAAAAUGGAUAAAUUUAUUUCCUGUCAGGGAACUCAGAAGGGCCUUAAGGAAACCAGAAUAGAGCAGGAAAUCUGCAGGGAAAAGCAAAAAAAAUACAUGUGCUGAGUGUGGGAAAAACUUCACUUACAGAUCAGGCCUUUCUCAACAUCAGAGAAUGCACACAGGGGAGAGGCCCUGUGAAUGCAAUGAGUGCGGGAAA